AAAACGUUGUUACUCUACAGCCCCGAAUUGAGGCAAUUGCCAACUUUCCUGGCCCGAACCAUCAGCCAACAGCCACCAUGUCCCCCCUUCUUGCCAACAAACCUCUCCUUGGCCCCCUUGUCGGCCUUAAUAUCUGGACCUUUGCUAUGGAAUUCCUACUAUACAAACGCAGGAUCCCAGCGCUCUCGAAGUACAACGUCACCUUUGAUCCAGCAACCGUCAAAAAGCAGAAGGCAGAAAAGUUACCAGCUUUCGUUCAAUGGCCGGCAGAUAAUUUCAACAACUUACUGGAACAACCUACUCAGUUCUACGCAGUGUUGCUGGGGCUGAGCUUUUUGGAUGUCAAGGACAAGAGAACUGUCGGUGUGGCGUGGACUUAUGUAGGGCUGAGAAUGUUACACAGCAUCAUUCACGUUUCUACCAAUAAUCCUUCCAUACGCUUUCCGGUCUUUGCUGCGAGUUCGCUCGCACUACUUGGACUCACGGCUCAGGCAGCUUGGAUGCUUCUAUUCUAGGGAGCUGGUCACAAUGCCGAACAUCUAGUUCCAACGUGUUAGGGCCACCAGUGGUUAACAAUGAGAUAGCCUGUGUAGUAGCUUAGCAUUGGUUGUCGCGGAUAAAGCGAGGUGAAAUAGAUAAGGGUUGCCAUUAGAGACAGGAAAGGCUGGGGCUUUCUGAAAAGCAGUAACAAUAUAUUGCGCUGAUAGUGCGAAGUUAAAAACAGUGAAUUGUAAGAGCUAUUACUAAGAUCUAUAUACCGUAAUUCUAUUUCCUUC